AUUGGUCAGGAUUCAUUGCCUCAUCCACAUGGCAUUCCUUCAAGUGUCAUUAAAUGGCUUCAUUCUCCUCAUACAACUCGCCAAUGGUUGAAUGGAUGUUCUCCUAAUGUAUCUAGAACCAGGGUUCGUGAGCAUCAGGCCAUCCUUAUUUCCGUAAACUCGCAUUUACAAUGCGAAAUAAGCUCAUAUUUCGUUUUAAUCACGCACAUGCAUGCGGAUACUAGAGGCUUGUCUUGCUUCUCCUAUCCCCUCCGUUUCGUCCUACUUGAAAAUCCAUCCUAUGUAUCGCCUAUUGUGAAUAUACUCAACACAGAAUAGGGUAGGUCAAGAGAACAUUACAACCAAUGGAUCGAAAUCUUGAAAUUUUGAAUAACUUCUGUCAUUUAAAACAUGCAUGAACUUGCACUUUUCCCCAUGCUUCUUCAGCUCAAAAGUGUUCCAAUUUCAAAGCAGAGGACUUUCCCUAUCAUCGCGUCAAAUGGUGUUCGAUCCCAAUUUUAAGAUGUUCUUAUGAGUUGAAUUCAGCUUCAUAGCAAAAAUUGAGACCAUCAUCAUUGGCCCUCUUUUCUGAAGGACUUCCUUGACCUGUUGAAAGGAGCAAGUUGCAUCAUAGACAUCUGAGACAAGGAAAUAUUGUUGGAAUUCGGUCCAUAUCCUCAUCAUUACCUUAUGGAGUCUAGUAACCAACGUCAUGCGGUAUUCCCUCGUAGGAGUUGAUAACAACGACACAAUCCGUAUGAGACAAAAGAAGUGAUUGCAACAAAUUCACCGCUUCAGCAUCUCCUACUGUGCUUGUUGCCUGAGAGCAAAAAAAACGACAGAACUAUUCUCAAGGACGUGCUCAAUCCAAACAGUGGACGUAAAGUACGCGCCAUGAACAUUUUGUUGAGUGCGUUCCUCUUUUUGGGGACAAGUGUUCCUUUCAGCCAUGAAUACUCCAUGGGAGCACCGGACAGUGCAUGUAUCCGGAUGCAACCAGGCCAUACCUUUGAUCCUCAAACCAGUGAACCUCCGGUUAUGCUCACGCUCGAAAAGGAUCAAGUGGCCCCGGGUGGUUCCAUCAGGCUAAAGUUAGAAGGGCUGAGCGGAGGAUCCUUUAAAGGAUUCAUUAUUCAGGCCCGUCAGGUUGGCAAUGAGGACAAUCAAGUUGGUUCCUUCGAGACCGAGCAGGCCAGCUACAUGACUUGUGGCCGAGGAAUUCAUAACUCGUUAACGCAUCAAUCCAGCGCUGAUAAACAGAGCGUGGAAGCCCUUUGGAAGGCACCACAGGAUUUUGAGGGAGAAGUGGUCUUCCGUUACUCGGCUGUGGUGGCCUAUGACAAAUAUUGGGUCCGCAUGGAAACGCCACAAGUUCGUGUAACCAGAUCAGCUCCUCAAGAGACUACGGAAGCCUCUGAAUCUCCGGUCUUUGUUGAUGGAAUCCAAUUUCCAGAGGAGGAUCAGCCCACUGAAACCUCCUCAUCAACUUCUUUUACAAACUUUGAUUCUGGUUUGGAGGACGCUUCACAGAGCAGUGAAUCAGAAUCCUCAAGAGAUACGUUGUUCUCGACUACCGCCACCACUACCACUACCACCACCACAACAACUACAACCACCACCCCGGAAUUGACAACCGAAACUUCGAGCCUCGAAAGUGAUAACCCAAUUUUCAUUGGCUGUGGAAGUUCCAAAUCGUGCUUCGGAAUCCCUCAAGAUUGCAUUAACACCGGAGGUUGCCAAGCAGUGGUCUCCUACGAGCCUUCGGGAACCGAUUGGCUUUUCAAAGUGACCGGAAAGUCAGAUGGUUAUAUCGCUGUGGGUCUUUCCUCUGACGAACGCAUGGGUGACGAUCUCACUACUGCUUGUUACUACGACCAAGGUCUUGGUGAGAUUCAAAUUCAAUCUGGAGUGAACAAUGGAUAUAGCAACGAAGUCCUCACUCCACCCCAAUUCGCCAUACAUGACUUUAAAGGGAGCUAUGAGGAUGGAUACAUUUCGUGCGAGUAUAAGAGACCCUCCACUGUGGAAGUCCCAAAAUUGGUCAGAACGUUGGAUUUGGGCAAGGACAAGUUUGUGAUCUUCUUGGCCGAAGGAGGGUUUGGAAGUGGACAAAUCUUCAAGCAUCGCUCUAAGGAUAAAUCAGCCGAGCCGCAAGCUUUGGGCAUAGUGUCCAAUCUCGAGGCACACUCCAAGCUCUUCAUUAAGCUUCAUGGAUCAUUUAUGAUUGGAGCCUGGAUUUUGUCGGCAUCAAUUGGUAUCAUCUUGGCAAGAUACUUCAAGCAAACGUGGUUAGGUAGUAAAUGCUGCAAGGUCGAUCAGUGGUUUAUCUGGCACAGGUUCUGCAUGCUCACUACCUGGGGUCUAACCAUUGCGGGAUUCAUCUUGAUCUUCCUGGAAUUGGACGGAUGGACUGAGAUUCCCAUAUCGGAUAAUCCUCAUGCAGUCCUCGGAUGCAUCACAACGGGUCUCUGCUUCAUGCAACCUCUCAUCGCUCUACUCAGAUGUCACCCCGAGCACAAACAGAGGCCCAUCUUCAACUGGAUUCAUUGGUUCAUUGGUAAUGCGGCUCAACUGGUGGGUAUUGUUGCUAUCUUCUUCGCAGUGGAACUUGACAAAGCUCAGCUCCCAAAGGAAACUGAUUACCUCUUGGCAGCCUUCGUGGCUUUCCACUUUUUGAUGCACGUGAUCUUGUCCAUCUUAAUGUGCACAUCCGAUAUGAGGAAGGAAAAGCAAGGAUAUUCAGCUUAUCCAAUGCGAAGUCUUAACGGCAAAGGCUAUCCGGAUUAUGACGAGGUGAAACGAGACGCUCCGGGUGGAGGCAUCAGAAAAUUCUUCUUAGUGAUCUACAUUUUGGUCGAUUGCGUCUUGGCAACUGCCCUGAUCCUUUUGGUUGUUUAUGCACCAAUUCGACCCACUUUGGAGGACAUCGGAAUUCUAAGACCCCAGUGAAAACUCUUUUAUCACUUGGUUUGGCAUGCCAUACACAUCAAGUGAUGGAACGCUUCCAUGCCGGCAAACAAAUAUCUUCAUGGCAAUGGCAUUUGAACAAAAACUUGAAAUGAGUGUGAAAACUGAUGACUCGUGACAUCGCUAGUGGUCAUUUCAAGAAACCUGUGGUGCAACCGAAUAAGGAAGGCCUAGAAACUCGCACAAUUGUGGUAUCACGCAUUGUAAAUCUUCAAGUGAGCUCCUGACUAAAACAUAUUUGUACCAUAUUGACUGAGAUGUAGUUACAGUCUUAUCUAAUGAACAUAAAUUUAUUAAACACUAUAUGCGAGAUAUAAUAUUAUCUGUGAUGAAUAAAAUUUUACAACUCCAGUA